AGGAGUUCGGCGGCAGACUUGCUGUGUGAGCCGGGGGUCCAGCAGGCUGUGUGGUGCAGGACAUGUUAGCAGUGUGACCUCAGCCAGCUUCUUCGUUGUUGAAAUGAUGGCCCAAGUUCUUCACAUGGAUUCCCACUUUUCAGGAAAACCCGGCCCCUCGUCUUUGUCGGUAGUGAAAGACCCAGACGUCCCGUAUUCGGUGGAAACCCCCUACGGAUACAAGCUUGAUCUGGACUUUCUCAAAUACGUCGACGAUAUUGAAAAAGGUCACACCAUUAAGAGAGUGCCCGUCCACCGCAGACCCCGUUACGGAUCGUUACCCCGUGGCCCCGGUUAUACGGGGUCGUGGUGGACUUCUACCGAGUCCCUGUGCUCCAACGCCAGCAAUGACAGCCGACACUCCUCUUACUCUUAUUGCGGAAGAAGCUUCUACCCGGCAUAUGAGGUGAGGGGUGCGCCCCACAACUUCAACCCUAGAGUGGAGAGAACACUGAUGGAUGCCAGCAAGAAGCUGGAGGCUGGACAGUCUCGACCCCUGAGCUUGGGCUGCCGUUCCUCCAGCAACGUUUCCAUCCCAUCCCUCUCGCGCCUACCUUCAUCUUCAUCUUCUCAGCAGAUCUCUUCCUUCACGCCAUUAAGCUCUGGGAUGUCAACUCCAGUGUCUCCUACACCCGUCCACCUCCAGCAUGUGCGGGAACAGAUGGCAGUGGCCCUCAAGAGACUUCGCCAGCUAGAGGAACAGGUCAAGAUGAUCCCGGUCCUCCAGGUGAAGAUAUCUGUGCUCCAAGAGGAGAAACGUCAGCUCAGCGUUCAGCUCAAGAGCCAAAAAUAUUUGGGUCAUCCAGGUGGGAAUUCCAGGAACAAGGCAAGAGGGGAACUCUACAUUGAAAUCCCAGAGGAAGAGACAAAGGAUGGAGGAGAGGAGACAGAAUGUCAAGGCAAUCUAGGGAUGAGAAAAGAUAGGAAAGAAGACGGAGAUGAGAAGGAAGGAUCGAGAGAACAAACCAAGAAAGAAUGCAUGGCGCCCCGUAAAGCAUCAUGCAGCGUUGGGGUGUGGGUGAGAGAGACAGACCUUAUCCCGGCAUCUGUAAGGCAGCCUGAGGUGGACAAGCAGAAGCUUCUGGUCCAGGCACUGUCUGCCAAAGUGGCGGUGCUGGAAAAGCAGCUUAACCGAGCUUUACAAGAGGUUCAGAAAGCCAACCGGAAGCUGGAAGAGUCCGAGAAAUCCGGAAGAGGAGAAGACGCAGUAAAGAAAGACAAAAAGGAGGAGUUGCGGGCGGACGCGGUCAAGGUGGCCAGGGUGGAGAGGGGGAGUGAGGUGGUCUCCAGCACUGAAGUUGGACCUGGGGUUCAGCCACAGAGGGCAAAAGGCCUGGAAGCCAGGGGAGGAGGAGGAGGACCGAAAACAAGAGAAGGAGAUGAGGAGAAGGUCUAUAGGAGCAGGGAGGUUGUGGAAAAGCCAUUCCUUACUUCAACCGGGCCGGCGGUCACCAUCCACGUGGUGAAGAAGAUAAGCAUCACUGGGCAAAAGGCUAACGAGUUUGAGAAGAAAGAGCCCAGCACUGUGGAUAGAGGAGAAGAUCUGCCAUCUAUUUUAUCUCCGUCCCAUGAGAACGAGAGGAGCGAGACCAGCCACGGAGACUUCACGUCGGAAAGCGGAGCGGACACUAGAGACGUCUCCAGCGGGCGAGUGAUUUUCAGCGGGGGAAGCGUGCGGGACGAGAAGGAGAACUCAUCCGAGCCGUGUGCCGGACUCAACGGAGAAAUGGACUCUGCGUCAUCCGAGGAUUCCGGGACUAUGGAGAACCCGUCAGACACUGAAAGCACAGAGAGCGAGUAUCACGAAGCCAUUGAGGGGCCAACAGGGCCGCAGAGUGACCAUCAUUCAUCUGGUGCAGCUGCGGUCCUGACUCCAAGGGACAACGACAAGUCACCAGCAGCUAGCCUGUCACCAACACACCCUACACCCAGGGUGGAGCUGAGUAAUAUGCUGAUAUCGGGAUGUGUAGCCCUUCAGAAGUCAUUAGAUGACCCUACAGCUCUUACAGACACAGAGAAGGCAGCGGCCCGGACGGCAGUCCUGCAGGAGUGGAUGAAAAUCCUCCGCCAGAAGGAGGUGGAUCCGGCUGUCAUCCGCCAUCACUUGAGCGUCUUCCGAGCGAUGUCUCCGCGCCUGCUGGAGGUCAUCGUCAAUAUGGCCGACGCCAAGGGCAACACGGCCGUCCACUACGCCGUGUCGCAGUCCAAUUUCACUGUGGUCAGGCAGCUUCUGGAGACCGGCUUGUGUGAUGUGAACAGACAGAAUAAGGCCGGAUUUACGCCCCUCAUGCUCACGGCGCUGGCAGCUUUCCGGUCUGACGAGGACAUGGAGACGGUUACACAGAUGCUGCGCCUGGGAGACGUCAACUGCAGAGCCAGCCAGGCCGGGCAGACGGCAUUGAUGCUCGCAGUCAGUCAUGGACGGCUGGAUGUGGUGCGAGCGCUGCUGGAGUGCGGGGCAGAUGUGAACGUGCAGGACCACGACGGCUCCACCGCGCUCAUGUGCGCAUGUGAACACGGACACGCCGACAUCGUCAGCCUGCUUCUGGCCGUGCCCAGCUGCCACGCGGCACUGACCGAUAACGAUGGAAGCACCGCCCUAUCCAUUGCUCUGGAGGCCGGGCAGAAUGACAUAGUUAUGCUGCUAUAUGCACAUAAUUCAAAGACUAGCAGUCUGGGUGACUCUCGGAAUCUUACAGACCACAAUAUGAACCCAGCUGCUCCAACACAGUAAGGUUCUUUGUGCAGCUUCCCCGAGCACCCCGGCUCCCGUCCAUGUUGUGUGAGAUCAGAGUCUUUGUGUGCCGUCCAUAAGCCUGCCUCUGGAGCACUUCACUGCAAAACCACUAGGACCAGUAUAUAACACCCAGCUUCAGCACCAUGGAGAGAGGGAAUUUUGCAGGGAUUUGGGAGAAGGGGAAAAAAUAAACAGCAAGACAAAAACAGGAGAAAGGAAAUGAAUGUUAGAUUGGGUGAAAAAGGGACAAAAUAUAGCAAUAACAUAAAAUGAGAAAGAAAGUGGAUCAGGAAACAAAAUAAAAGUGAUUUAAAAAAAUGAGGAGGAAAUGAAUGGGGAAGAAUGAAGAACCUAGAAGAAGAGACGCCAUCUUGGCUGAUGAUUGGAUGGAGACCCAAGGAAAUGAAAGGCUGUUGGUAAUAAUAAUAAAAAAGGUUUUAUGGUACAGAGAGAGAAAAAUGGAGGAAAAGAAGAAGAGGAAGAAACACUAGGAAUUUGGGGGACGUGGAAGAAUGUGAAAGAAUGAGAGCUCAGGAAAAAGGAGGAGGAAUUCACAGGGUAAGCAAGGAGAAAGGAACCGUAUUAAGUUUGAGGGAAAAAUAGGUGAAA